AUGUGCAGCACAGUGAACUGCCGUCAGCACGCCGCGCUGCUCACUGAGAACCUCGACUGGACGUUGGACCCCUGCGAGGACUUUCAAGCGUUCGUUUGUUCGGCUACGCGCGGCAGCUCCGAGCGCAGCGAGACGUUCAGGACAGUCACGGACAAACUGCGGCUGUCCUGGUACUACCAGCUCCCAGACAUCUUAAGCGGCAGCACGCACAAGAUUCCCGCGGGUAGGAAGGCGCUCGCCAUGUACGUGUGGUGCCGCAGCAAGUACCCUUCCGACGCACCCGCGUUGCCGCUCUUUGUCGACCUUCUCCACAAUCAAGGACUGAAUUGGCCUGAACCGCUGAGAAAGUUGGCACCGGCGCUGGAGUUCGUCAUAAGGCUCGCCUACGCGUGGCAAUGCCCGUUUUGGAUCAUGGUCCACUUGCUAGAGGCGCCAGGCCCUUCGAGCGCGGACAAAAGGCGGCGCGUCCAGAUCCGGCCGAGCAGGUUAAUUCUGAUAAUGCUUUACCACCACCGGGUCGUGAAGCCGGUCUACAUCAAGUACUGGGAGCAAUUUCUCUCCCACAUGUAUCCUGAGAGUAGUACGCGACCGGCCGUAAACAGCACUGCCGUCGACGAAGUGCGCGAAAUGGAGGGGCGGAUAUUCGAAACGUUGAACCCUAUGGCCACCGCCGCGUCGCCAAAACCGAUAGUCUUUCCAUUCCGCGAUCUGUCGACCUACGUUUCGAACGCCUCGGCGACCGAGUGGCUCGUCCACUUCCAGAAGUCCAUCCCUCUCGGUCGGCAGCUAGGCCUGGACGACGAAAUCGCCGUCAGCGACGUUCGCCUCCUGCCGACGGUCAACGCGCUUCUGCGGAAGUACGACAACGAGCAGAUGAGCAUGCACUUCACGUGGUUACUGGUGCAGUACUACGCGCCCGUGGCAGACUACCGCAUGCUCGUCGACCUGUACGGCAGCAAGGACAAGGCUGCGGCGUACUUGCCCGUCUUCUGCGGGCGCCAGGUGGUAGAAUCGUUCAAGGUUCUUGUCGCGGCGCUCGACCUGGCCUUCCGGUUCACGGUGCAAGACAUCAAGACCAUCGACGACGGCUUUGAAGACAUCGUUUCGGCGGCAGUAGAUAGGGUCGGCGCUUCGGACUGGAUGGACGACGAGAGCAAGGCGAGACUGACCGAGAAAAUAUCCACCUCUAAGAAGCUUUUGUGGCCUUCCAACGACGUCGUGAAUGCAGACGCGCUGGACAAACUGUACGCCGGUUAUCCAGAGAACGCCACAAGCUUCGCUGCCUACUGGAUGACGACGAGACUGGCGACAAUAUCGUUGAACGCGACCGGUUCGUACGAGGAAGCAAUGAGGCUGCCCUGGAACACACUGCCGGGGUACGUCACUUACGAUUACGUCUCGAACACGGUCGAACUGGCUAUGGCCACCGUGGGGCCACCCAUAUACUAUCCUAACGGGGCGAAGGCUAUGCUCUACGGUGGCCUGCUCUUCCUCAUGGCGACUCACCUGGUUCGCGCAUUCGACAGCGAAGGUGUGAAGUGGACGCCCAGUGGAACCGAGGUGGACAGCAUCCUGUCCAAUUCCACCAUGUUCGAAUACCACGAUUGGGAACGCUGCCUGGUAGACGACACGGCAGACCACCAGAGCUUCUUCCCCGAAGUUCCCGCUUACACUAUUGCCUACACCGCCAUGAAGCAGGCCCACAUGCGAGACGGCAGCGAGCCACUGGGCCUGAGCGUGUAUCUCUCGGAAGACAAGACCUUCUUCAUGACUCUCUGCUACAUGUCGUGCAAGAUCGUUGGGAAAAAGGGCCCCGUGAAUUUCGACUGCAACAAGUGUUUCACCAUCAUGCCCAAGCUUCUACACUAA